AUGGGACUGUGGCCGAUGUUUUGCUUUCCCGCCCGAACCGGUUGCUACGUUUUGUGUCCGUCCGCUUGUUGUUGUCGUCCGUCCUGCAGCGGCCUCCGAGACUUCAUGGUUAGAUACCGGAAGUGUUCGAGAUUACCUGCCUGGAGGCCACCAAUGAGUCCAAAUGGUCGCGGAAAGAAUCGGAAACGAGCCAAAAGCGUGGAAGGUCUAUUGGAGACUACCGCCGAACCGGAUCCGCGAGUACAGGUACAGGCUCAAAUGAAAAAGGCAAAGAGCCUGGAAGAGUACCUGGACACGUGCGAAGAAGACGCCGAAGACAGCUGUAGCGUCUCAGCGUCGGUCAGCGACAGCGUAAAGAAGAAAAACUUCGUCGACAAGUGUAUAAACAAAAUGAAAUCAUUUAUAACGAACACCAAAAAGACUUCAACGGACUCGAAAUAA